AGUUAUCAGUACAUACGCAGAAUUACAUCUCUUCAUGCACCAUACCAAAAUUUCAUGGCGCCUACUCUCUCUAUUUGCCUCACCGACUACUUCCACCAUCUCUUAAUCCUCAUCAUUUCUACUCUUUUCCUACUUUUCUUGGUUAAGUCUUUCAGAAAUUUCAAGUCCAAAUCAAAGUAUCCACCCACCCCUCCAGCUUUACCCAUCAUCGGUCACAUCCAUCUCUUAAAAUCUGGAUUGCCGACAUCUUUCCAAUCUCUAGCCCGAAUAUACGGUCCCUUAAUGCAGAUACGCGUCGGAGCUGCUAACUUCGUUGUGGCCUCGGAUGCUAAAUCAGCUCAACAAAUUUUGAGAACAUUUGACGCUGAUUUUGCCUCCAAGUUCCAACCCGGUCCCACUAAUUACCACAUAUAUGAAGACAGUUCUUUCACCAAUGCUCCUUAUGGUGCUUAUUGGAGGUAUAUGAAGAAAUUAUGUAUGACUAAACUGUUUACGGGUUCGCAGCUCGAUCGGUUCAACGGUAUUCGAGAGCAAGAGACUAGCAAGCUCUUAAAAUCGCUGCUGAACAAGUCUAAAGCAGGGGAGCCAUGUGACUUGGCUGCAGAGGUAACUGAGCUGACAAAUAACAUGAUUUAUAGAAUGGCAAUGGGAAGAAGAUGUUCAAACUAUCCUAACCAAGCUGCGGAAAUCAGAAGAUUUAUUACAGAUUCCAUGAAAUAUGCGGCAAAGUUUCAUUUUGGAGAAGUGUUUGGGCCUUUGAAGAAAUUCGACCUAUUCGGUAAUGGAAAGAGGCUUAAGUUGACUCUAAAGGGUUAUGAUCAAUUGAUAGAGCAGAUUAUGAAGGAUUAUCAAGAUAAUGAUCUGGAAACUAGUGAAAAUGAUGAUGAAAAAGAUGUGAUGGAUAUUUUGUUGGAGAGUUACAAAGACACAAAUGCUGAAGUGAAGUUGACUAGGGAUCAGAUCAAGAACUUUUUCAUGGAGUUGUUUAUGGCUGGUGUGGAUACAACAGCGGCGGCAAUACGAUGGGCAAUGGCGGAGCUUAUCAACCAUCCCAACAUAUUCAAAAUCCUUAGAGAAGAGCUCGACUCAGUUGUGGGGAACAACAGACUAAUCAAAGAAUCCGAUGUGCCAAAACUCCCUUACUUGCAAGCUGUAGUGAAGGAAAUCCUAAGACUACACCCUCCAGGGCCCUUACUCCGCCGGGUUUCUAACAAAGAUAGCAAAAUCAACGGCUUCGAUCUCAAGAAAGGGACUAGAGUUUUCAUUAACGUUUACAUGAUCAUGAGGGAUCCCAAUUGCUAUAAGGAAUCUGAAAAGUUCAUGCCUGAGCGCUUCUUGGGCUACAGUACUGAAAUGAAGGGCCAGGAUUUUCAUUACCUUCCCUUUGGCAGUGGAAGGAGAGCCUGUCCUGGUGCAUCUCAUGCUAUGUUUGUGAUGCAUGCCACCAUUGGAGCCCUUACACAAUGCUUUGAUUGGAAAGUGAAAGAGGCGGAGAAAGUUGAUACUGAAGCAGCAGGGACUGGUUAUUCGGGUGCAUUUGCAGUUCCUCUCCUGUGCUAUCCCAAUACCCGUUUUGAUCCUUUUCAGGAAUGAGCCCAAGAUUUGAAGCUUGUUUUUAUUUAACAUGAAUCAAUGUACUUGUGUUUGUUUCAUUAGAUCAAAGUAUCUUGGACUUUUCAAUGCAAUUAUGGACACAUACUUGCCAAAUAAUGAAUUCUAUUUCCAUUGUC